AUGCCCGCAGGGAAUACGUUAAUCCUUGGUGAAGCAUAUUAUCCGUUUCAAGCCUCUGCCGGUGGUCUCUCGGUCAUUUGUUUUGCGGCGAUCAUGUCACAUGGUGUGGUAUCCACGGUCAUCGAUGGGUUGGGGUUCACUGUUCAUCGCCUCAAGCGAAAGCUUGGUCGCCGCAAGCGAAAGCCUGGCGGUAAGCGUGGGAAAUUAGGUGAUGACGGGGGCGAUGGGGGCGAUGGUGGAAAUGAUGGCAGUGAUGGGGGCGAUGGUGGAUAUGAUGGCGGCGGGUGUGAUGGUGGUGGUGGGUUUCACGUCGGCGGUCACCACCACGUCGGCGAUGUUGGUGGUGGGUUUCACGGCGGCGGUCACCACCACGUCGGUGGGUUUCACGGCGGGGGUCACCACCACGUCGGCGAUGGUGGCGGUGGCGGUGGCGAUGGUAUGGGCCUGGCCAUUAAUAUCAUCAAGAUUAAUGGCACCAGUGCGAGUUCACAGGGCUGUUCUUAG